AAUGCCACCAGCAGUGCCCUCAGUGUGAGUUGCUAUGCUUUCACCAGCCGUGCUAUGGCAUAUGCAUGGCAGCUCGCUGGCGACGUGUCUUUUCUCAGAUUGUAUAAAUUCUUUGCUUGUAGCUCAGAACAACGUUGUUUGCUUUUGGAAUUCUCCGGGUCAGAUGCCAGUCAAUGGCGUCCUGAAUUUGUGACGGUUUGUGGAAUUUUUUCGAGUAGAAGCAAUAAUCAGCGCGUGUCCUGUGCAAAAGUGUGCCAACGGCAUGAAUGUAGAUCAACUGUGAUCUUCCGCUACUUCCUGUCCGGAUGCGCGCUUACUGCUAGAGAGAUCGUGACUGCGAAUUAUUUGUUCAAAGAAGGGUAGUAAAUAGCGGCCUUGAAUAGACUGUCCAGUGCAGUGCCCAGCAUACUGCUGACCUGUCCGAGUCGUUGUGUGGUGUGCCUUUGAAGUAGUUUGAGGACUAGCAGGGUGCAGGACACAGUCUGUACCAGAUACACUUUCCAUCAAGUUCUAUUUGUGCUCCAAGCACACGCAGUAGUUGUCAGCUUCAUACCGGUGUUUUCCCCAACACCAGUCCAGGAUGCACCAGCAGAUGCAAGGUUUACCUAGUGGCGCAAUCGUCAUUUCUAAUGGCGCUCUGCCGCCAGGGUAUUCUCUCUCUCAGCCGCACGUGUAUUGUCCGCCGCCGCCAAGGUAUUCUGAGCCACACGUGUAUUGUCAGCCGCCAACGCCAGGGUAUUCUCAGCCACUGAGGGGAAACAUGUGGAUGCCGCAGGUGGCUGGUGCUGUACCUGGAGUUGUCCCUGCGGCGCAGACUCUCAGCAUCCCAACUGUUCAAGCCCCCAGUACAGCCGCUGCUAGCGCCAAUACUGGUCCACCAGUGUCCAUAGCGUACCACGACAUCACUGCCCGUGGACCUGGUCCGUUCAGCACGCACCCUCCUUUCACCAUCCAAACAGUGGCAAACACGGUGUCCAACUCGCACAAUCACGUGCCGCCCUCGACCAUUAACACUGGCAUGGCACCGCUGGAGCACGAUGCCGUAGGUGCUGGCAACGCUGCAGCAGCAGGCGGUAUGGCGGUGGCUCAGUCUAAUGCUGGAGUGGGCGGCACUGGCACUGUGUCUCUUGCUGCUGCUGCUGCCGCCGCCGCUAGUGCUGCUCCUUCGAAUGUUUCUGGUGGUGAGAUUGCAGCUGGCCCAGCAGGCACUGGCGGCACUGGGUCACCCAGUGCUGGUCAUGAUGAGCAGAACGGUGAUGGAGACAGUGACCCAGACGGUGACGGUGGAGUCAACCGGGAUGAUGCCGAGGGAAUCUGGUCGCCGGACAUUGAGCAGUCGUUCCAGGAAGCGUUGGCUAUUUAUCCUCCGUGUGGACGACGAAAGAUCAUCUUGUCUGACGAAGGGAAAAUGUAUGGAAGAAACGAGCUGAUUGCACGCUACAUCAAGAUCCGAACCGGCAAGAUCAGGACAAGAAAACAAGUGUCAAGUCAUAUUCAAGUCUUAGCCAGAAAGAGGUCUCGUGAGCUGCAAACAAAACUAAAGGAAGCGCCAACUGAUAAGGAGCAAGGGAAGCUACACAGCAUUGUCCACUCCUUACCAGGUAUGUCCAGUGCGCAGAUAGUCUCGACGCAAUUCCACGAUGAUGGGGACGAAAUGAACAAUCCCUCGGCUGCCAACAACGCGGCUGGUGGUGCGCCUGGGGGACCUGGCGGCAAUCACUUGGCAGCAGCGAUGAAGCCGGAGUCUUACCAGCACGGCGAUGGAACGCUGACCUCCGGCCCGGCCCCCGUUGCAAUGCCGGUGGGACCUAACGCUCAUGGUCAUAGCCAGAUGAUGCCGAGGACGGUGGGUGCCGUCAGUGCAGCAGCAGCUACAACCGGCUCAAGCUCGCUCAAGGCCGAGCAGCAGCAGCAGCAUGGCGGCUCCGUGACUACGUCUGGACUCGGUAAUGCAGUACUGUGUGCAGCCCCGGUGCCCAGCAACGCGGCGGCCAAUCCGUUGUGGCACUCAUCCGCAGCUGUUCAUAGCUUCCACGACCCAAUGCGCUACGGCGUACCUGCUGCGGCGGGCCAUCCGGCAAUGAUGGCGGGAGUAUCGCCGGGGUUCAUAAUGCCCAUGACGGCACACGGCUCUACCAUGCCAUUGGUCGGGCAGACAUCGCAGGUCGUGCACCCGGGCAUGAAUCACAUCAGUGCAACACCCGCAGUGGCGGCGGCUGCUGCUGCAUCUGUCACUGGUGGCGUCACUAGUAUGUCUGCUCCAGUGCCUAUGACCAACAACAGCUCGUCGCUAGUCUCGCUAACGGCCUUCAAGGAGGACCAUCCAGCGUCCGACUCUUCAGACGGUGUGGUGUUCUCGCAGCACUGUUUCGUUCACAUACCACCGACCACCAAUUUCCACGAUCCUUCGCUAGAAUCCAUUGAAAUACGGCAAGUAUGUGACAAGUUUCCGACGUUGUCUGAUCUGUACGAGAAGGGACCGCCGGAUGUCUUCUUCCUGGUCAAGUUCUGGGCUGAUAUUGACAUGCCUGAGGCGACGGGCCCCGAGAACUUCUACGUCUCCACCGUGUUCCGGACGGCAGACCAAGUCAAGUGUAAGUGCACAACGGAUGUCUGUUCGUUUGGCCAGCCGGUCGUCCAGAAGGUGGAGGUUCUGAACAGCACCUUUGAGAACGGUGCACACAUGGUGCGCUCAAUGCGGUCCAAGAUGUGCGACUACAUGGUGAAGUUCAUUCGCAAGCUCGUCGCGCUGGACAGCCGCGCCCAGAUGAACGAAGUGCUGGAGAACUUCACCAUCAUGCAGGUGGUGUGUAACGGCGACACCGGUGAGCUGCUCAUGUGCCUGGCCUACGCCUUUGAGGUGUCGGGCAGCGACACAAGCGGUACGUAUCACAACAUCUACCGCCUUAUCAAGGCAUAGCUCGUGUCUGCUGUCACGUACCCUGCUACUAUGGCCUAGUGAAAAGAGUUUGAAAUGGAAAUGCCAACAAGUUUAGUCCACACAGUACAACUGUGUCUUACCAGACCAUCGCAGGUACUUGCUAUGACUUACCAGACCAUCGCAGGUACUUGCUAUGACUCACAGCAGUAGUCUACAUAUUCCCCUUGAGUAGACAAGGGAGACGAUGCAUGCUUUCCUAUUCAAAAUAUUGUGAAGUUUUCUUACUUCCAAUUCUUUGUGCUCAAUUUGCACAGUCUCUUCUCGUGCCGUACUUCCGUGUCCCUCUUGGUGUGUCUUCAUGUCUGUUGCUUCGUUGUUGUUUCGUAUACGUGAUCCGGUGCUGGUCUCUCUACUUGCCAGUAAGGUCGACCCUUACCUUAAUGCUGUGUAUCCAGAUUAGAUGGCUGACCAGCCACCAUCACAAACUUGCACAUAGAGCGCAACAUUUUCUUUUCCAAUGAGGAUUGUUGCGCGAUAGCGAAGUCCGAAUGCCAGGAUUUCUGUGCUUGAAAUAGAGAGGAGUUUUGCACUCAAGUAGGUAUUGUAAAUUGCUGAUGCUGGCUGGUAAGCUGUUGCAGUUGCCAACAUGGCACUGGCCUGCUCCACUACUGAUUGAGGAACUGGCAAGUGCUAUGGACGUGUGCCAGGAUUGCUAGCGAAUGCAAAACAAUCCGUGCCCGACCCUGACCCCAGGAAUACCCGCCGAAUACCUACCACAUGAGGACAAAAUGACAAAACGUUAGGCUGCACUAUAGAUUUGGAUGUUCAUAAUUUUAACACAAGUUCUGGCUCACCUGAAACCAGACGUUCUACGCGAUCGUGUCACCGAUAUGUAGAUAUUGAUUCAGCUCGCUCAUCACUGCUCUUAGAAUAGUUCAAUAGGGUAUGGUAGAAAUUUGUGCUGCUUUGUUCCAUAAUUAUGUCUUCAUCACACCUGUCUGCUCGGUAUUUUGUGUUGCUACACCAUGCCAUGUGUUAUAUCACUAUACGGGUUUUUCUUGGCCCUUGAGAAUUGAGACUUUUCUGCUCCUCUAUUCUCGGUGUCUAGAGCUAUUAUUAUGUUAUUGGUUUUUGAAAGAGUGGAAGUGAUGAUUUAGCCGUUUUGUUUUGCUUAUCUGUCUGCUCGUUGUACACAUCCCCCGUGGCCUUGUACCGUUUAUCACACUGUG